GGCUUCAAAAAGUCACACAUUAUUCAUGGAAUAACAUAGAAAAUAUAAAAAGUCCACGGACUCAAAAAUGUUAAUAAAGUUUUUAAGUGCAGUAAAGACACUAAGGUUUACGGAUAUUAAACCUUCAAAGGCUAAAUCAGAACGUAUAAAUGCAUUAAGAAAACAAUAUGAUGCAUUCCUCGAAGAAGAUAGAAAACGCAAGUGUCGUAAUGAUUACAUAAUGGGAUGGCUGGAUAAAUUCCAGACAUCCUCAACAGUUUCGUCAGCACGGUCCCAGGAACGUGCAACCAGAUGUCAGAUACGACUUCUUCAGCGACCCGAAUAUGAGCAAAAAAACCAAAAUAUUUCAUGCUCACCAAAUAUCAAGCAUCCUUUGGCCGAAACCUUUGAGGAGGCUACAGUACUAAAGGCAGUGAGCCAAAAAUACAUAUUGAUACCUAAAAUUUCGCCAGAUAAAUAUAAAUAUCGCAACCAAUACAAUGAAAAAACGUUUUCAACGUUAGAUAAUGACUCUGAUUGGAAAAGUAAAUAUAACAUAUUAGAUGAAUUAAAAGAAGACCAAAAAUCUAGUCAUUAUACAGAAUUUAUGGCUAAAAAUGAUACUUACCAUGAUUUACCAACGAAAGACGUGUCCAUUAAUAAUCAAAGUUCUUCAUUUGAUCUGAAUAAGGAACGUGAACCAGUUGAAGAAAUUUUAUUUAAUGAAAAUAUAAAUAAGAUGCCUUCAAGUGAAACUCAUUCAAAACAAGAUAUUCAAUAUAAAUUGGACGAGAAAAAUGGUUUGUGUAAGACAGAUACGGUUACAAAUUCUAAUGAAAUCUACAUAAAAUGUGACCCACAAGCAAAAAAAACAGUGCGCGAUUGUUUAGAAAAAAAUGCCUGUAGUGAAAAAUCUGAUAUGCAAGAAACUCAGAUUGAAACACUAAAGGAUCAUGUGAUAAAAAACUCAAAUAUUAAAAACCAAAAACAUGAUAAAUCUAUAAAGGAUAACAACGAUAAAAAGUGCAUACCAGUACAUGUAAUAAAAGCUGACUACAAUACCAUGAACAAUGAAUUGAAAUCACAAAAUGUAACAACUCAACCAAUAAUCAAUAAUGUAUCGCAAGAUUACAACUCGUCAUCUAUUGACAUAUCAGAUAGAAAAGAAGUAACAGAGUGCAAUAAUUUACCUAUUGAUGACCAAAUAGAAGAUAAUAAGGAUGUACACAAUGAAAUAAUUAAUAUCCAGGAACAUUCUUCAGAUGUAAAUGAAUUGGGAAUAAUAUCUAAAACUUCACUUGAAAUCGAAGGUAUGACCCCUCAAACUAUUGAAAGAAAUGUAGAAGACCAAUCUCAGAUCGAAGAAUUUGAAGCAGAACAAAAAGACUUAUUUUAUUCCGAAGACCAAAAUGUUAAUUAUACUUACAAUGAAGAACAGGUCGCAGGUGAUAUUUACGAAAACAAUGAACAGUAUUCAUAUUAUGAGGCUACUAAAGAAGAUACAAAUCAAUAUGUUUCAAACUUAAAUGAACACGAAGAGUCAACAGGACAGUACGAUCCCAAUUACGAACAACAAUUCAAUACAUAUCAAGACGAUCCAAUACAAACUCAAUAUACUGCUGAUGACUAUCCCCAUAAUGAAAGCGUAGAUCAACAACAGCAACUCUACGAAAAUUAUGAUCAACAACAAGUAGAUACUCUUUUGGGGACUCAACAGCAACUAGAUGAAAAUUCGGUAUAUGAAGAAAAUGUAGGAAAUAUAGAAAAUAUUUAUAUUCAAGAUUAUACCCAAGAAACAAUCCCACAGAAUGAAGUAUUGGAGAAUCUUGUAGAACGACAGCUUAAUAUAGAAGAUGGUCUGCCUGGUGGUGAUCAAACGGUAGUUGCAAAUAUAAAUGAAAAAAAUGCUUCCCAAGAAAAGCUUAGCACUGAUUUGAAUGUUGCAUAAAUACCAUACAAAGUGACUAAGGGUAAGAUUGAGAAACUAGAAUUAUAGCGAAAUAUUGUCCGUAUGUCAAAAUUCAGUACUUUUCUGGCACAAGGGAGUUACACUAAUUAGCGCCGACUCUUAGUCUCAUUUCAAAAUCCUACCAUUACACUUUAGGUUUGAAGAUAUAAAAUAUGAAAACGCGAAAUAUCUAAUAGUUAAUUUUACUAUAAUAUUAUUUAAAUGUGAAAUGAGAUAGUUCUAAAAUCAAUCAACAAGAUGAAGCUUUUUGUCCAACCAAUAAUCCAUUUCAUUUGAUUUGUUUUAGGCAUAUUUUAAAUAUAUUAAAUUAUUGAUUUAAGUAAGUUUUAA